GCGAAAGAUAAUGACACGAUUUGGGAAGUGUGUCGAUUAGAUUUGAGCGAAUUUUCACACUUUUUCUCCUGUGUGUAUUACCGCUUGGUCGCAUUAUUCCGUGUGUAGCUUGUCGUCCCAAGCGAAACAAUUCUUCCGUGGUGGUUCGGGAUAGCUAACCCCGACAGAGGAUAAAAAUAAACCAUGAACAAGGAGGCAGCCGAGGACUGUGUGGAGCGGGCAGUGAAGUACCUGGCCGAGGGGAAAAUCGAGAAAGCGGAAAAACUACUAAACAAAUCGAUUACACUCCAUCGAACGGAACGGGCAGAAGAGCUGCUUAGCAAAAUCAAAUGUGGUGCGUACGCGGAAAGUGCCACAUCCGGCAACACGUCCGACGAUGGUGUGCGGCAACGAAACGCGGCGAAGGGUUCUGCACCGAAGGCGGAAAGUGGCAACGAGGCGGAAUACACACCGGAGCAGCUGGAUGCAGUGAAAAGGAUCAAGAAGUGUAAGGAUUACUAUGAAGUGCUGGGUGUAACGAAGGAUGCGACCGAUUCGGACAUAAAGAAAGCUUACAAGAAGCUUGCCCUGCAGUUACAUCCGGACAAGAAUCAUGCACCCGGUGCGGUGGAAGCAUUUAAAGCGAUUGGCAAUGCGGUCGCCAUCCUGACGGAUACGGAAAAGCGACGUUCGUACGAUCUGUACGGUUCGGAGGAACAUCAUCAACCGACGGCGCGUAAAACGCGCUACCAGUACGAUUAUGCGUAUUCGCGCGGAUUCGAAACCGAGUUUACGGCCGAGGAGCUGUUUAACAUGUUCUUCGGGGAAACUCCUACCCAGCACGUGUACACACGCCAAAGACGGUUUCACCGAGCCGAACAGCAGUACAGGGAGCCCCAAUCAGGGAUUGCCGCGUUCAUUAACCUGCUGCCAAUCAUACUGCUUAUCGCGCUGUCUAUGAUGUCGUCGUUUUUCAUUUCGGAUCCUAUCUACAGCCUUACGCCGAGCCAAAAAUUUUCGGUCGCCCGCAAAACGAACCAGUUGAAGAUACCGUAUUACGUGAAGGACAACUUUCACUCCGAGUACCAGGGAUCGGUGGGUCGGUUGGAAGCUUCGGUGGAGGAGGAAUAUUUAAACAAUCUGAAGCAUUCCUGCUACCGAGAACGAAACUAUAAAGACACCAUGCUAAUGAAGGCACGAAACUUUGGCGACCGAGAGCUUUACCAUAAGGCGCAGAGCAUCAACACACCGUCUUGUGAUAAAUUACAAAGUUUACACAACUAGUCAAAUGCAGCCAAAUCGUGGUUUUUCGACUACGACAGCUGAACAAUUAUGCAAUACGAGCCCCAUUUGGACGUAACGCGGAAGUUGAUUUGGUGCGCAUCCAUUUUCUACAGUGACCGGUAGAUUGUUCUUUGUUUUUUUAUUGAUGAUUGUAGGAUUGCUGGAUGCGGACAGAGGUGAUGGUCCGUUUUUGUGAAGCUAAAUUCGCCCCUUUCUAACGACGAUCUUUACAAGUACGGUAAAGGUAAUAGGUAAAACGUUUCAUCACGAUGGUAUGUCGACUACAGCCGGCAGCUAGAUAAAACAGUGCGUGAACGACGAGUGAUAGAUAUAACAUUGUUUUCAGUUUUGGUAUUAUGGGCAGAAGAGAAAAUACACACAUACAGCAGAAUUAAUACCAGCAUACGGGGAACUAUUUCACAAACGUAAACGUAAAUUAUCAGACCAUUCGCUGCAAGAUACCCCGUUUUGCGAAUAAUUUAUGAAAAACCUUACCUUCCUUCUUUGAAAUAAAUACAAAAUCUG